UUCAUUGCCACCUUGCGGCGAAAGCCAGGAAACGACAUUGAUUUGGACUCGUCAAGUUAGCGUUUGUGUCCAAGCAUGCGAGAGGACAUGGAGAAGGCGAAAGAGAACGCAUUCAACCAUGCAAGACUUGAGGUGAUCAAAGAUGGCUACAAGAGGGCCUUUGAGUGCAUCAACAAAGCACUGACGGCCGACGAAGCGGGAGACAAGCAUCAAGCCCUGGAGCUUUACAGGAAGGGGCAGAAGCACCUCCUCAGGGGCAUCAGCGUGCCCUCGCAAGGGGACGAGUGCGCCGGCAGCUCCUGGGAGUCAGCCCGGGAGAUGCAGCGGAAAAUGCAGGAGACCCUGGACAACAUCACCACGCGCCUUGCUCUGCUGGAGACCGCCGCCACCUCCACCACUCAGCCCGCUAUCUACCCACAACUCCCUGUUGAAAAUAAACAAGCAAAUGGACCCCCUGGAGGUUCGCCUGUAUGCAGCCCCGUGGCCCUCGGCGACCAGCCACCGGCGUACUCGCCCCAAGCGGCCGAAGGCCACCUUUCGAUAUCGUAUGGGACCGAGUCGGGUGAGUUGUCGCUGGUGGGGGAUGACUUCUACAGCCGGACGUCCGGCACGGCUUCGUCCCCGCAGAGCAUGGGCGAAGAUGCCGAGGAGCUGCUGUGCAUCCCACAGGGGGUGCAAAUAUUCUUCGUGACCCCCGAAGGGCACGUGAGCGCCCCGUCAUAUCCAGGCUACCUGCGUUUGAUCAAGUUCACCAACGAUCGCCCUGAGACCACGCCUGGCAGACCGCCGGCAUUUCUGCAGGUGUGCGACUGGCUGUACCCGCUCAUGGCGGCGAACUCACCGGCCUUGCUGUGCAACACCGGCGUGUUUAUGUUCCCUGACAUGAUGGCGCCGGCGCCGGGCCACUUCGUGGGCGUGGUCCUUUCCUCUGAUCUGCCCGCCGCUGACCGAGAGCUGUUCCAGGAUCUGCUGGCUCAGAUGACAGACCUCAGAGUGCAGGACGCAGACGAGACGGCCGAGCACGUGAAUCUCGGCAGCAAAGUGUCGAUCGCGACUCCCGCGGAGGAGGCGACCGAGGAGGCGCCAGCGGAGGAUGACAAAAAUCUGCCAGAGUGGAGCGAGAAGGUGGCCAAUGGAAUUCUGACAGGCGCAACCUGGCUGAGUUGGGGUCUGGUCAAAGGAGCGGAGUUCACGGGCAAGGCCAUUCACAAGGGGGCGUCCAAACUGCGAGAGCACAUCACGCCCGAAGACAAGCCGGCACACGUCAGCCCCAGCGUCACCAAAGGCCUCCACGUUGCCAAGCAGGCCACGGGCGGUGCUGUCAAAGUCAGCCAGUUUCUCGUGGAUGGCGUGUGCGCCGUGGCCGGCUGCGUCGGUCGGGAGCUGGCGCCGCACAUCAAGAAGCACGGAGGCAAGCUGGUUCCAGAGUCCAUGCGCAAAGACAAGGACGGGCGCUCCAAUAUCGACGGGGCCAUGGUGGUGGCGGCCAGCGGAGUCCAAGGAUUCGCCACCAUGUGGACGGGCUUGGAAGUGGCGGCCAAGAACAUUACAACGAGCGUGGCUUCAGAGACCGUCACCACCGUGAAGCACAAAUUUAGGGGCCUUCAAAACCUCAUUGACCCACCUAACAAGUGAUGAUGAUCACCAUUUAUAAAAAAAAAAAAAAAGCUAAUUAAUGAAUAAAAUCUUUGCACUAACAAUGACAAGCAUGACAUCAGCCAAAUUACAUUUUCCCUUUUUGUGGCGAAUCGGUGCUACUUCAAAUUUCUUCUUUCAGCCUUGGCAAGAAUGCUAAAGAUUGCAACUGAUAAGUUCGAGAUUAGUAUAAAAACUGUGAAGAUAGAUAACGUACCAUAAAUUGUGUUAUGUUAAAUAGUUUUCUUGGGUGGAGUGUUUAUUUUGUUCAUUAGGAAAUUAAAAGACUACCGUAUUUUCCGCACUAUAAGGCGCACCUUUGAUGAACAGUCAAAAUUUUUUUUCUCAUAUAAGGCGCAUCGCAUUAUAAGGCGCACAGAAUAGACGCUAGAGCACAGGCUGGGGUUAUGUUAUGAAUCCGUUAUAUGAAGCUGCACUAAAGGUUCAAUAUUGAUCCACAUAUAAGGCGCACCAGAUUAUAAGGUGGACCGUCAGCUUUUGAGAAAAUUAAAGGCUUUUAGGUGCGCCUUAUAGUGUGGAAACUACGGUACUAAAAAAGUGACGUUUGAGGUUUUCCUUGUUCUUCUUCCUCUGCUGCUAAAUUGAUUUAUAGCACAUAUGCGUCCCCAUAUUGACUACAACAGCUAUCUCAAGCAAGUACAUAAAUAAAAAUAAAUGCAAUUGAUCAUAGGUGCUGAAGAUGCUAUACAUUAAAUGGGCUUUUUUCAUUUUUUAUUUUAUUUAAUUUAAAAUGUUUGUCUUAAGAUGUUGGUGACACUUUUGCCCAAAAAAAAUACCCCAAGGUUUAAGAUGUGGGGCUAAUGCCGAGUAGUGCUACAUUACCAUGGAAACAAGGGACAGAAAGAGGGGAUGGCCACACUGCUGAAUUUUUCCCAAUCAUUCUCAGCAUGGCAUCUUUGCAUAUGAACUCCUUUUCCCUCUCCUCCAAUC